AUGCAGAAGAAAGCUCGAUUCCUGGUGCGACACGGCGGCAGCGCUCUGGUCCCGCGUGUGAUGAGUGCCGGCGGCGGCCACUUGAAAGCCUUAAAGAACCGAGUCGUGCACCUAGAGGCGAUGUUGGAAAGUCGCCUCCCAGAUCAGCAGCUUCAACGGGAUCUCCAGGGAUCUCAACACAGCAGCGACCCGAUAAUCCCUGCUUCGCCCGGUGUUUUGGCAGAUUCCGGGCUUCACGCCGCUGGUGAAUGGCCACAAGAGCCUACAAAUCUCUCGCAAUCAGGGCGCGCAGCGUUGUUCGAUGGCCACACCUCGGACUUGGUUUCUUCCUCGCUUGAAUGGUCAUUCCCGCCUGCUUUGACAGUUUCAAACACUCAGUUUCCGCCCACGGACUUCCUGCAUGAUGAAUUAGACCAACUCUACUUGGAUCGUGUGCACCAGUCAAUACCGAUCAUUAACCAACGACGGUACCUAUCAUGGUCUAAAUCCAGCUCAAAAGCACCAUCGCAGAAAUGUCUGCAAAACGCCAUGUGGGCUUUGGCCUCGCUGCUGUCAGCUCAGUUCCGCGAGAUGAUAGAGCCACUCUACCAGAAGACAAAACAGACACUCGAGUCCAUUAGUAUCGAAGGCAACGACUACAACGUCAACACAGAACUUGCUCAGGCAUGGGUUCUUGUCGUGAUAUUUGAAUCUAUGCGAACUCACCAUCGGCAGGCUUGGAUGAGUGCCGGUCGGGCAUUCCGCCUGGUGCAGGCUAUGCGCUAUCAUGAGAUUGACAGACCCACUGACAAGGGAGGCCCGUCCUCUCCCCGAAAUGGUGACUUUAUCCAAGUCGAAGAGAGACGCCGGGUGUUUUGGAUGGCUUAUUUCCUCGAUCAUGUCAUUAGCAUGCGCGAUGACUGGCCUAUCACCUUAAAUGAACAUGUGAUCUGCACCCGACUGCCUGCUCUAGAUUCAGACUUCCAAAGCGGCAACCAUGAACUUGGGCUCUUUUUAUCCGAAGCCAUGACCCAGCCUACUCUGAAACUAGGUUCAUCCUUCAACGAAUGCCUCAUCUUAGCUACGAUAUGUGGUCGCACUCUACUUCAGAUCCAACAAUAUCAAAUCUCCAAGGCAUACGGAGAUACGCUACUGGACUCGACUGAGCAGCGGCGCUGGUUGGAUAGUCUUCUUACAACGAGACUCCAAGCUCUGUCACAAUAUUAUCCAUCACCUAUCAAGGCCUACGAUCCUCUUCUUCUUUUUGCCAAUAUCUUAGGUCAAGUUACAGUUAUUUAUUUCUGCAAAGCCAUGAUGGAGUCAAUGCCAGCAUCUGCCAACCCGCUGCAAGGGGAUGCUGAAUUCUCUGAUUAUCAAAAUCGAGCGUUAGAGGCUUCCACUACCAUCAUCCAUCUGGCGACAACCCUGUGUGAACUGCCUAUUGCCAAGAUCCAUCCCUUGAUGCCCAUCCCUCUCUUUUCCUGUGCCGAGUUCCUCUACGCCAAUAUGCAUACUAGUGAAUCAUUUCAACUCAGAAUCCAGGAGUUGUUUUACAUAUUCCGUCGGCUGAAGAAUGUCAAUAAUCAUGAGAAAAGUUACCUCGACCUGUUACCGAAGUCGUGCAUUUCAAAAACCACUGAGAUGUUAAAUAAUAGUGUGCAGGGGAGUACUCCGGACCAGUUCAUAGGAUCGUGA